CAGUUUAGUUAGUUUGUGAACUUUUUACUUUUAGUGUCAAUUUUCUUUGUGAAUCUGACAAUUUUGUUAAACUUAAAGAAACUUCAUUCAAUAACUGGAUACAAAAUAUGAUAAUUUAAGAUUCUACAUUAAUUUCCUAAUAGAGGAUACCUACAUUUUUAUGAUGAAGUGACAAUGUUUGGACUAACAGAAUCAUGGAGCCAGAUUGGCUUUUGUAUAUCAUGUUCACCAUAUCUAGCCUCAUACUUCAGUCAGAGUCCUUGCCACUACGCAAUCUUUGGAUGGAAAAAUAUGUUUGGCAUCCAAUGGUUGAAAGCAAAGAGUUGAUGCUAUGCUGGGUUGUUCAGAUAAACACACUAAAGUCUUGUGACUGUAAUCUCAAGAUCUGCCAAGGUGAUUGCACCUUUGAACACGCAGAUGAUGUUCUGUUUUCAACAGAGUGUUGCCAUGGAAAUGAUGUUAUAAACAAUCAUGUGCAAGCUAUUGCAACAGAAGUUGGUUUAGAAAUCCAUCAUGCCUUCGGCCACUUCCAUGACCAUUUUGUUUUAUGCCAUGAGGAGACGUCAUCAGGCAAGGGUCGGUCACUGUCCACAAUACAUGAACUACAUGCCAACUUUAGGACCAGUGACAGAACAGAGUUUGAGCUGCUCAAAGCUAACGUAGAAACCAAACUGAGGCAGCAUGGGGAGAUCCUGUGGUUCAGCCCAGAACAUGCUCAUCAGAGAAACUCUCGUCUGGUCAUUCCUUCAAGCACCCACAGUCCUCAUACAAAACAAGGCUACGCCAGACACACCACCACAGCAGCACACACUGAGGAAGUUCUGUACAUACAUGCCAACUUAGAUGAUCUGAUAGACCCCGAUGAGGAAUUUGAUGAGACCAGUCUGUUUCCUGUCUCUAGCCUCGGAGAUUCAAAAAGCCAGCAAACUGAAGAAGACAAUUCAAAGAAGAGAAUUUUAACAAGUGACCAACUGCACCUGCUAUAUGGCCACCAGGCCGUAGGGACUCUCCUGUUGAACACAUCCAGUCCAGUAUUACCCAGUGUGUCAGCUAGCUCCAUCAAGAAACGAUCUCUGACCAUUUCAUUUAAUGACCCAGCCUUCCAGGACCAAUGGCACCUCUUGAACAGAAGACUGCCAGGCAUGGAUAUCAAUGUGACAGGGGUGUGGCAGCACAACAUCACAGGCGCUGGCAUCACUGUCUGUGUGGUUGAUGAUGGGGUGGAGUGGAAGAAUCCAGACUUAAAAUUGAACUACAACCAGAAAGGCAGUUGGGACCUGAACAACGAUGACCCUGACCCUUCACCAAGUUUGUCCAAGUUGUCCAACCAUCACGGCACCAGAUGUGCAGGGGAGAUUGCGGCAGUAGCCAACAACAAUGUUUGUGCUGUUGGUGUGGCCUAUGGUGCUCAGUUCUCUGGUCUUCGUAUUUUGGAUGGUGUAAUGACAGACAGUUUAGAGGCGGAAGCUUUCAAUAAGAAAAUGGACAUCAAUGACAUCUACAGCUGCAGCUGGGGACCAGAUGACAACGGAAAAACUGUGGAUGGACCCCACCUGAUGGCAGUCAAAGCUAUGAAGUACGGGGUAGACUUUGGUCGCCAGGGAUAUGGGAACAUUUUUGUUGUUGCUAGUGGCAACGGAGGGGUCAACAUGGAUAACUGUAACUUUGAUGGCUACGCUAACUCUAUAUACACUGUGACUAUUGGUGCAGUGGAUGACAAGGGCAAGAUGCCGUACUACGCUGAAGAAUGUGCCUCAAUGCUGGGUGUCACCUUCAGCAGUGGCAGUCAGAGAGACAUUGUGACGACAGACUGGAUGUCAGGCGCAGGUAAAGGCUGUACAGAAGGUCACACUGGCACCAGCGCUGCGGCACCGCUGGCCGCGGGGAUGAUAGCUCUGAUGCUGGAGGCCAGGUCCUGCCUGUCCUGGAGGGACGUGCAGUACAUCAUCAUCCUGACCUGUCAGAAGAUAGACCUGGACCUGGCCCACUACCAGGACAAUGGCGCUGGCCUCUCUCACAGUCACAAACAUGGCUUUGGUCUGCUAGACUCCUGGCGGCUGGUCAACGCGGCCAAAGUCUGGGAGACUGUCCCCUGGCUGACCUCCUACUCCUACAUGGACUCCAGCUUUGACAAGGUCAUCCCCAAGGGACCAGACUCACCCCUGACGGUGGUUCACACAGUGACAGACACUGAUGUCCGAGGCUUGGGUCUGUUGACACUGGAGAACGUCCAGCUGACAGUCUGGCUGUCACAUCCCUACAGGGGCAAGAUUGGUGUCACCUUGACAAGCCCAGCUGGAACUACAUCUGUUCUAGCAGCACCCAGGCCCUUGGACAAUUCAAGUGCUGGCUUCACAGACUGGACAUUUACAACAGUCAGGUGUUGGGGGGAGCAGGCACUGGGCAACUGGACCAUUCAGUUUUUUGACACAGACAAGAAAGAUUACGGAAAUGGUAUAGUGAACAAAUUUCGCCUGACCUUAUUUGGCACGCCCAUGACAUCAGAGGAGUUUGCAGGGAGGCGCAGUCAUGUACAGGCAGCCAUGAGCGGGGAGUUCCUGCAUAAGAACUUCUCCCUGCCCUGCCAGCCACCCCAGAAAUAUGCCGCUGACUAUGUGCCAGUGUCAGACAGAAUCCUCAAGAUCAUUCUUUUGUCUGGUGCCUUCUGUCUGGCCAUGGCCAUCUACGAGACCUUUGAAUAUAUUUUUUGCUACAACGAUGAGAAGAAGGAGGCGCGGCAGCAGAGACGCUUGAGUGAACAAGCGCGUAGACUUGCCAGCAACACUUUAGACGAUUCCAAUACCCCAGCUCUUUCAGAACCACCAGUUAAUGGUGCCAACUCCAGCAUCAACAUGGUACUUGAUGAUGAUGAUGAUGAAGAAGAUGAUGUAUUUUAUGCAAUGGAGACUUCCAGCUUGUUAAACAAGAAAGAUACCAGCCAUGCUGGGAACUAUAUUCCUCUGAAAACUUUGAGCAGGAGAGAAGUUGAAGACGUGGAGAUGGACGCUGUUGGUGCUCAUGCUUUAGCCCAUGGUGCUGCUCAAGCUUCAUCUCAUGAUCUGGACACUUCAGGCAGCUAACCUUGUUGUUGUUAUUCUUUCAUUAAGACAUUCCAUUUUAUGUUUUUAAUGUUACUACAUUUACAAUGCUUCAAACAUUACAGCAUAAAAUUAUUUGCUAUUUAAAUUAUUUGAAUGUAACAGCGGGCUUAGCUAGUUUUGGUAUAUAAUAUAUAUAUUUUUUGUUAUAUAUUUUUUUGUUACUUACCUGUAAGUUUGUUUGCCUAUUUAUGAUGUAGAUAACUCUUGAGAUCAAUUUAGAACCAGUGGGUACCACUUACUGCUGUCUGAGAAGUUCUGGUAAACACACAAGCACACACCACACAUACAUACACACAAACCACACACACCACAAACACAGAGGGGAGUGGAGAAAAUGUGGUGCAGCAUAAUGUCUAGGCUGGAGUUUUAUAUUGACUUCCAUUUUAUCUUUUAAAUAUUUUCAUUGGUUCUCUAUAUUUAUUUCUUGUGAUCAGGAAAUCCACUUCUUCUCAUCAGCCUACCAUUGUGUUCUACAUUAACACUUAGACAUUUAUAUUCUUUGCUAUUAUUAGAAUCCUCUCAAAAUGUGUUGAAUAUAUCUUUAGUUAGUGUUAGAUUUACAUUUUCUGUUGCAUACUUGUAAACUUCAAACCAAAAGACACAAUCUUUUAGAUUUGAAAAUGUUACCUGUAAUUUAAUCAUGUUACAUCAGAGGGAGAGGGGGGGGAGGGUUGGGUUGGCGUGAAGUCAGGUAGUGCCUAAAUAGAAUUCUUAUCUAUUAAAUUGUUUUGUUUAAUGUUGUUCUCUGAACUUCUACUUACCUCAGAAUACAAUUUUCUGAAAGGUUUAAUUUAAACUUGAAACAACUAUGGGAACAGUGAGUAAUGUUACUUUGACCUCAUCGAACUUGUGUUUGUUUUUAUGCUCACUAUAUUUUUUACCCAUUUCAUUUGCUAGAAAUUUUCAUUUGGUUUCUUAUUCAUCUUACAAUCUGUGAUUUUUUUCAAUUGUCUCUGCAUUUAUUCAAGUAUACAAGUAUUGUAGUUUCUUCCAAUGAGAUGCUGGGUUACUAGUUGUGGUUUUUUUUUUUAUAAAUUCCCAGCAUACAGGAUUUUAUCAUGCUAUUUAUAAAUAUUUAUAGUAUAUUCUUUUGUAAACACAUGUUAUAGUUUUCUAGCAGAAUUGAUGUAACAAGUUGAGAGUGAUGUCUGUUGGAGACUGGUUGUUGUAGGGGUGUGGAUGACUUAUGUGGGACUCUUUAUUGUGGGGAGUUUUACAAUAAAUUGUUAUGGUGUUUGUUACUGUUUUUAACAAAUUUACAGAUGGAAUUGAAUACAUUUUUUGAGUAUUUUUAUUAUUUUAAUAUUUUACAAGUAUUUUUGUUAUAUUUUACUAGUACUUCUGUUAUAAUAACAUUUCUGUAGUAUUUAUGUUAUGGUAAGAUGUAUGCUAGUUCUUCUGUAAUGGAAAGAUUCUUGCUAGUAUUUAUGGUAAUAUUUAUGCUAUUUAUUUAUCCCAUCUUCAAGUGAUGAAGUAUCAGAUAAAAACAGAUGGUCGCAUACACUCAGUGCCUUCAUAUUCUAGAAUUGAUCUCUUGUCUCUACCAAGUUAUUCCCCCUUAUGCAAACUUUCCAUGUUAGAAAUCUUUUAUUUUAAUUGUAAAACAAGUUGUUCAAAAAUCUAAGUUCUGUCUAGGUACAAUAAAUGAUUUAUUAAAGACUACAAUAGUUUUAAGAACCCAGUGUCAUUUAUUUACUGCACCAGUCAUGUCCCUUGAUUGGUUGCUCUAGAAAAAUGUUGCCUUUAAUUUUGUCUUCCAUUGUUGAUGUGGCUCAGACAACCAAAUGAUGAUGUCAUGAUUUUAUAAUCAGUAUAAUUUAUGCUUGGGAUAAAAUGGCACUUGAUCUGUUAUAUCUAAAACAUUUUUUUAAUUUAAAAACACCAUUUCAAGUGAAGCCUUUUAAAGUAACUUCCCUUGUGACAUGUAUUAAGUGACCCUCCACUAUCAAAUGAGUCGUUCUGUACCUUCUACCAGUUGAACACAAGAGGGUCUAGGUGAACUCUGUUGGGAUUUUAUUCUUUGAUAAUUCUUUAUUCACAUGGACACACUUAGUGGUGGAUGUGGGGUUCUUUUUUUAAAUUAAUUGGUCUCUUUGAAAACUGUUAGAAUGAUAUUUCCUAAGAGUUAACUUUCAAACAGUUUUCACCUUUAUUAUGGGUACAAAGUCUUUAAAAAUAUCGUAAAAAGCAACCAUGUGUGUUAAACAAGGGCUGAGGGUCACCCUAGGGGGUCACCCUAGGGGGUCACCCUAGGGUGACAUGUUGAGCCAGUCAGUUGCUCCCCUUUUGGCAUAGUUCUGGUAGCAGUUCUUGAUGUCAAAUUGCUCAAGGUCGGAAGGCAAUGCAAUUUAUUGUUUCGGAUAUAUUCAGUUGAUAUGUACAAAUAUUAAUUUUUAUGAUUUAAUA